GUUGACGAAACGAACUUCAAGCGAAUGAUGGCAGGUGUGCCGAGAUCGUCGCCACCGCCCUUGCCACCGCCGCCGCGGGGACUGAUAGGAAACCUCGGACUCCUGUCGUAUGCGCUCAUGCAACUGGCAGGACAAGCGGUGGACGUGACGGUUAUUACCCCAUGUGCGGAAUUGAUCUCGACGUCGGUCAUGAACCCAAACGUGUGGAGUGAGCGCAUCUGGGAUACCUUAAAGAGCUUUGCACCACAACGAGCGCGAGAUAUCUCCCGCCUCCUCUCUGUUGCCAUCGCCAAGUCGCUACCCGUGUUCACCACCGAGUCCUCCGUUGCGUGGACAGACACUACCACGCGACUGCAAUCUCAUGCCUUCGACGUCCUCUCGACCCCCGAAGGUCAUGCAGCAAUCCAAGACACCGUCGCCGCCGUCAUCAAAACAACGCAAGCCCUUGGUACGCCCGAAGUCAAAGCUGCCACCAGUCAAGCCACCUCUGCCAUCAAAAGCUACGUUCAAAUGCUAGCUACGCCAGAGGGCCAAGUCAUGCUCGACGACGUUCACAACUGGGUCUCGCACAGCUUGGACGUGGCGUCGUCAGCUGAAAGCUCGAUCUUCCUCUUCGAAGUGGCAACCCAUCUCUGCCAUGUGUUUGAUUCACACAAGGUCGACGAUGGCCCACCACUCACCGUUAGUAGUACUACCGAUGUGUCUAGUAUUCCUACCAUCAACUCGAACACGUUAAAUGGCUCGAGCGACAAGGCGCACUACAUCCCCGUGAACGGCGACGACAGCAUGAAGAAGACGCGACGACAUCAAAGCCGCAAGGCGGCGCUGGAAGCGAGCAUGCUGCGCAAACUGGGCGUGCGGGAGCCGAUGGACGAAGUCGAGGAGACGCUAGAGCUUCCCACGGACAUGACGGGCGUUCGAGGGACGGCUAACAAUGAGUUGCUCUCGCGGGCGUUUGAAAGCUUUGACGAAGGUCAGGAACAUGAAGACCAAGUGGCCAGGGACGACAACGGGGAGCGGGAGCAGUGGCAUGUGGAGCAAACGCAUCCCACGUUAAGACGGAGACAUCAUCGACAACGUCUGCACCAAGCGCUUCGAAAUGUACGUCGUGGGAUGUAGAGUACAUGAGGGGAACCUAAUACGUGCGUGGACAGAGCCCCAAGGUGCACGCGCGGCCGCGUGCGUUGUCUAAGCAAUAUCGACACCUCCAACUGAGUCGCGACGAAGGGACUGCGUUGCAGACGAUGACGCCGAUGGAUCGAUACGCGAUCAAAGUACUGAGCAUGGUAGUUGUCGUGUUUGUGGCGGUGGUGCUGCUGAUCGUACUGCUGGCGCUGUAUCGCGUCCUACUAGUUUGACAUACAUACAUUCCAAUAGAGGUCGUUGUAUCACAGCGGUCCUCUUGGAUGUGUGUCGACAUUAGAAGCACGCGUGAAGCUCAGGCCACUAGCACUCUUUCCAUUGCCGUCAUGACGGCCGGUUCACUGCGCCUCCAUCUCGUUGAGGAGGAUUUGUAUUCUGGACUAUGAAUUAUCCGGAAUAAUCCCGGAUAAGAACUCCC